UCUCACUCUCGAGACACGGGCACCUUCCUUGACGUCUUCCGUCCUGCGCCCGGAAGUCGGCGGAGAUGGCCAUAAAAACUAAUGGCUAGAGGGGCCCAGACUUACCCUCCCGGCCCUCACUUCCGCCGGAAGUCACCUACAGACGCAAUUGCCCUUUCCUUGUUGCACGCGCGGGCAUUUGGCACCCGGUACCCGGUAUUCGGGGCGCGAGUACGACCACAAUGGCGGCCACCACCCUGCUGCGCGCGCCUCUCUUCAGCGGUCUCGGCGCCGGCCCCGCCCCAGUACUGCAGGGUCUCUUGCGGCCGCUGAAGGCCCCAGCACUGUCCCACUUGUGUCGCGGCCUGGCCGUGGAGGCCAAGAAGACCUAUGUGCGCGACAAGCCCCAUGUGAACGUGGGUACCAUCGGCCAUGUGGACCAUGGCAAGACCACACUGACUGCAGCCAUCACGAAAAUUUUAGCGGAGGGAGGUGGAGCCAAGUUUAAGAAAUACGAGGAGAUUGACAAUGCCCCAGAGGAGCGGGCCCGUGGUAUCACAAUCAAUGCGGCCCAUGUGGAGUAUAGCACUGCUGCCCGCCACUAUGCCCACACAGACUGCCCGGGUCAUGCCGAUUACGUUAAGAAUAUGAUCACAGGUACUGCACCCCUCGACGGUUGCAUCCUGGUGGUGGCAGCCAAUGAUGGCCCCAUGCCCCAGACCCGAGAGCACUUACUACUGGCCAAACAGAUUGGAGUAGAGCAUGUUGUGGUGUAUGUGAACAAGGCAGAUGCUGUCCAGGACUCUGAGAUGGUGGAGCUAGUAGAGCUGGAGAUCCGGGAACUGCUCACUGAGUUUGGCUACAAAGGGGAGGAGACCCCUGUCAUCAUAGGCUCUGCCCUCUGUGCCCUUGAGCAACGUGACCCUGAGCUAGGCGUGAAGUCUGUGCAGAAGCUGCUGGAUGCUGUGGACACUUAUAUCCCAGUGCCCACCCGGGACCUGGAGAAGCCUUUCCUGCUGCCUAUAGAGUCAGUUUACUCUAUUCCUGGCCGGGGCACAGUGGUGACAGGUACACUAGAGCGUGGCAUUUUGAAGAAGGGAGAUGAGUGUGAGUUCCUGGGACAUAGCAAGAACAUUCGCACUGUGGUAACAGGCAUUGAGAUGUUCCAUAAGAGCCUGGAGAGGGCAGAGGCAGGUGACAACCUCGGGGCCCUGGUCCGAGGCUUGAAGCGCGAGGACUUGAGGCGAGGCCUGGUCAUGGCCAAGCCAGGUUCCAUCCAACCCAACCAGAAGGUGGAGGCACAGGUUUACAUCCUCAGCAAGGAGGAGGGUGGCCGCCACAAGCCCUUCGUAUCCCACUUCAUGCCUGUCAUGUUUUCCCUGACUUGGGACAUGGCCUGUCGUGUCAUCUUGCCUCCAGGGAAGGAGCUCGCCAUGCCUGGGGAGGAUCUGAAGCUCAGCCUAAUCUUACGGCAGCCAAUGAUCUUAGAAAAAGGCCAGCGUUUCACCCUGCGAGAUGGCAACCGGACCAUCGGCACCGGUCUUGUCACUGACACGCCAGCCAUGACUGAGGAGGACAAGAACAUCAAGUGGAGUUGAGUCUGGACCUCUGCUCAGGCUCUCGCGUUCAAAGCUGCACUGGUCCGUGUUCUCUCCUGGUGCGCCCCUUCCCAGGGCACAGGCUGCAACCCAGCAGAGUGCAGCCAGACUGAGACUUUCCCUGGGCAGACGGGGCCAUGUGGCCUGCCAGGUGAGGUAGGUCAAUAAACUGUUCUGUGAAUAGUAAGCUA